UUAGCGCGCGCAGUUCUUAGCAAGAAGCGCGCGCACGAAGACACAGAGAAAACGCAGAGAAACGAAUUUGCGAGUGAACGUUUAUUUUAUUUAAAAUUAAUUUUGCAAAAAUUAAGGAAAAGUGAAUGUUUUAGUGCCAUUUUAGAGUGAAAAAUCCGUGGUAUGUCUGUGAAUUUUCGUGUCAUUUGGAUUUAAUCAACUUUGCCGUGUAAAUUGGUGCUGCAGGUGAAUAGCUUCGGGGGAAAAGACGCGCGUGCAUAUUUUUUUUUCUGGGCGGCAUCAUGAACACCGUGCCAAAGAGUCGAUUCCACAGAACACAGAGCAAGGUGUGGUGGGCAAGUGAGCCACCGUCAAUUUACGACAUUAUCAGUCAUCAUCCACGGGACAAUGUUUCCCCAAAUACAAGCACUGAAGAACGCCAUGGUAGCCCUCAGAGCCACAAGAGCCAAGAUUCGGGCUUCUCAGAUGCAGACACCACAAAUGGGAGGAAUUGCUUGGAAUCACCCGAAAACUCACCACGAAGCAAGUUGACACCGAAAAAGGAUGUAAACUCCCAGAUUAACGAGCACAUCAAUCUCUCGAGAACACCAUCAUCCACCGAGAGUGAGAGGAAGACACCACCAACAGUGAUACGGAGAAAUGUCUGUGAAUACAGCAAAGUGCCACCCAUGAGGCGAAUUUCCUUUUCAGCAUCAGAGGAUGAGGGCGACAGCAUAAGGAGCAAAAAGAACACAAGUCUCGUGCGCGGGAGGAUUGUACAAAAAACACCCAGUCGGAAUCUCAUCGGGUACCUUUCACCAGUGACAAAGUCUCCAGGCGAUGAUUCUUCCGUCACCCAUGCCCCUGUCUCUAGUCAAUCACCACGAAAUUUUCCACCUGGAAGCACUUCAACCCCCAACGGUAGCCCAAGUGGCACGUUUCAGUAUCCGCUUGUGAUGGAGAGGAAGCAUGAUAGCCCUCAUAUUGCGGGGCAUUCGUAUUCCGUGGAACAUUGGUUGGAAAAUCUUCGCACCGAGUACAGCCAUGAGGUGCUAUCUACCCUCCAGAGUAAAUCCAUCGCAGCGGAAGUAACUAAAGCUAUGAAAAUGAAUGCCACCCUCGCUGCCAGGCUCAUCCGACAUCUUCAAACUAAGGCCAUGGACUUGGAGAGUGCUUUUGUAAAGGUUGAGACACUUCUUUGUGGGGAAGGUGGAUGCGAGAGUUUGCCAGAGUGUAUGAGUUCUCUUGCUGACGAUGUCUCCGCCUUUAUGAAAUACCUUGAACGGAAGGUGUCGGUGAAGGUGAAAGAUUUGGAUGAUUCAAUUGUGAAUAAUCGCGACAUGGUGGCAGAUUUGCGGAAUGCUCUACCGAAUAUUGAGGAAUUUGAAGCAGAAUCUCUGCUGGAAGACAUCCACCUUUUGAAGCGAUGUGUCCUGAUAACGGUGCGAAAGGUGUUUGAGAGCCUUCUCAAGAUUGUCGUGGCAAGCAUUGAAGAUAGUCGGAAUGAUUUGAUUUUGAGAGCAAAUCUCUGGACCAUUUCGAUGCUGUCGAAUUUUGAAUAUCGCGGAUUUGCAUCCCUUAAUCCUGCUUUCGAAGUCUGCGAUACGGUGCGGGUGCUGCUGCUGGUGGUUGUGGAAUCAAUUUUCCCCUCAAUUAGAGCUCUUGCCUUGAGAGCUUUGGCCAGUGUGUGCUCCACAGAGGUCACCAUCCGGCAACUGGAGCAAGCAGGAGGAGUGGAAAUUCUGGCUGAAGUUAUUGGGCAACGUGGCGUCAAGCGCACAGAACCCGAACUCCGUGAGGCUGUUUCCGUAUUGGCGCAAAUUACUGCACCCUGGCAUGGGGAAAAUCACAAAAUCCGGGAUCUCCAGGAAUGUCUGGAGCUAAUGGUCGAAAAUAUAACAGACCUCGCAUGCUGGACAAAGUGCUGCCAGACACUUCUUCUAUGCACAGCAUGUUUGAAUAAUUUAUCUCGCCUCGAAGCCACAUCCAUCUACUCCCUCAUGGCUCAUGAAUCAAUUGGCAAAGUUAGGAGGGCCAUUGAAAGUCGUGGACCAUCUGUUUCCAUCUUUUUACACGAGCAAAUGACGGGCAUAAUGCUGAAUAUGGUGGCAAAUAAAAAAUGUCACUACCAUCUAUCGAAUCCCGCUAUUAUUAAUUUUCUCGGGCGCGUAUUCCAUUCGCGCUUCUACACAAAACUUCCGACACGUGCAGAAACGCUGGCACAGAGGCGUACAGUGAAGAAUAUCCUUCAUACGCUGUCGCGGCUUAUUCAUGAAUCGAGCUUAGGCGUGGAAAUUCUGCGGAAAAAUGUUGUCCCGAUUUUUUCGGAUAUCAACAAUACAAGCACCGCUGGGGAGUUUGAGCGCGACAUUUCAUUUCUCAGUCGUAAGCUGAAUGAAAGCCUGGGGCACAAAAAUUCAACGGGAAGUGACGACAUAGCAGCAGAAACCACAUUAUCGCUCAAUUCGUCGACCGUGUAUCACUGUCGAAAGCAAGAGAGUUACGUUUAAUUAGAGUGAGAGCUUUUUUUCUCUUCGUAUUGUUGUACAUUAUUUCGAUGUAAUUAUGAGUAUUUGUAAUAUUGUAAAUAUAUAUCUACAGAAUAUAUAUUUUAUCUUUAU